AUGUCUACACGAAAGUUCAACCCAUGGGCCUGGCUGCUACUAGUCUCUCUGGCCAUCUUCGUGCAGGAAGUUAUGGCAGGAGGUUAUCGUCCUAUUUCCGUAGGCUCCUCUCUCGACCGGUCUCUCACGGGCACCGGCAUAACAACAAUACGACAGCGCGUCCUCGUGCUGACAACCACGGAAGCCGACACAUCAGCAGUGGAGACGACGCUUAAAAGCUACAGCAUCCCAUAUGAUGUCGUAAUAGUUCCCAAAAGCGGAUAUGUCAAUCCCGAUGGAAGUAGUACUCUGCCGUUGGAAGAUGCGAGCCGAAACGCUCUAUAUUCCAUGACCGUGCUUAGUCCGGGACGGGUGCCAUAUCAGAAUCCAGAUACGAAGCUUUGGAUUAGCGCGUUGACGACGGCUCAGUGGGAUCAGCUGGCAGCAUUCGAGGUGAAGAAUAAAGUCCGCCGAGUUACGUUGGAUGACAACCCAGGACCGACAACCGGCACGGCCCCGGUUGGGCCGGCCAAUGCUGCAUGCUGCGCCAGCGGGGUCACUCAAAACGUCUCGUACGUCCAGAUCCCAGAUGUGGCGAGCGCUGGGCUUGUGAAUGGCGCAACAUUCUCAACGACCGGAUUGUAUCAUUAUCCCGCCACCAUCACUAAUUCGACAACAACGGCCAUUGCGACCUUAGGCCCGAGUUCGGAUGGACAGUUCCCUACGCGGACAGUGGUUGGAGUUCUCAUCAAAUAUCCGAAUGGCAGGGAGCAGAUGACCUUCUUCAUGGCAUUCGGAUGGUGGUCUACAGCAAGUCUCUUUUUCGGGCACUUAUACGUCCACUGGGGAACGCGGCAACUGUACAGUGGAUUCCGAAGGAUAUACCUGAACAUGGAUGUCGAUGACGUCCUCAUGGGUCCACCUCAAUACCGCAUCACUCCCGCCGACGUUCAGAACAUCGUCGCAUGGCAAACUGAUGUAAACAAAAGACUGCCAACCGGAUCAUCCUUCCGACUCACAUUGGCGUACAACGGUGUUGGAGCGGUACAAGCGGCAACUCCCACCCUGUCGGUCUCUAUUCCCGUGACGACACCCAAUUACAACUUCAUAAAAUCCCCCGGGACUGGAACAAAUUACUGGCCAGCGGAAGUAUCGCUCUACAAGACGAUGACGCACGAGGGGCUGUUGAAGGAUGGGUUGUAUGCGGAGCUUUUGGGCAAUACGGCGACGAGGGACCAGUUUUGGUGGUGUUCGCAUACGUUUACGCAUUUGUCCUUGGAUCAGGCUACCCGCUCAGAUACCAAUAACGAACUAGAGGUCAAUACCUUCUUUGCUGGGCUUUCGGGGCUUCUGCAAGCCGCUGUCAUGGCAAAGCGCUCGAUGGUCACCCCAAUGAUCACCGGCAUUCAUAAUGUCGACGCACUUCAAUCCCUCAUAGCACAUGGCUACACGUCUGUGGUCGGAGACACGACGCGAGGGGAUUGCACCAACGCGACGUUCCCUUAUCACCCUUAUGUGACCACGAUCGGCUCGUCAAACCAUGCUGGGUACGAAGUGAUACCACGGCAGGCAACGGUCAUCUACUUCAACUGCAGCCUACCCGAAGAAGAUGUCAUUUUGUAUAACAACAUCUACUAUAAAGACCAGGGCAACAGAACAUGGGAUUACAUGAUAGCAACGUACGAGACGAAUCGGGUCAUGACGUUGUUGUUGCAAAUGCGGUGGGAUAGUUAUAUGUUUCAUCAGGCGAAUCUGAGAAGUGCGAACAUGCCGACCAUCACGGUGGCGAAUAGCGGAGCGACAGGGCGGUUCGGGCUUGCCCAGCAAUGGGCCGAGAACAUCGUCGGGACGCUCACAAAGGCUGUCAGAUGGCCCAUCAUAAGUGCUCAUAUGGAUGUCCACCACGAAGCCUUCCGCAACCGCGCCAAACGAGAUCUCUGCAAGCCAACGCUCACGCUCAGCAUCGACCGCACGGCAUCCUCCUCUUCGUACCUGAAAGCGAUCGGGUUCAGCGUGGCCACAGAAAGCAACUGCACUUUAGCGAUCACGCUACCCGUGCCUGUGCUUGGUCCGUGUGGGGGAUGCCGCUUGGAACAGGUCGGCGUGGAUCCGCUGACUGUUUGGGUGCCGAUGGUGGGCGGGGCGCCGCCGAGGGAGUUCUAUUUCGCGAGGGAGUGGACGUUUGGGAGUGAUGUGGUUUGA